UAGCGGUCAGCUGACAGCAUCUCCAAUCUCUCUCUGUUUGUAAAAGCCAUGUUAUCCAGCUUGGUUGGUUGAAAUAUAUAUAAAAAAAAACAACCUACAAACAUGUUGUCUCGUCUACUGAAGGAGCACCAGGCGAAGCAGAAUGAGAGGAAAGAACAGCAAGAGAGACGCAGACGUGAAGCUAUUUCUUCAGCCACGUGUCUGACUGAAGCCCUGGUGGAUCACCUCAAUGUGGGAGUUGCCCAGGCAUACGUAAACCAGCGUAAGCUCGACCAUGAGGUGAAGACUCUCCAAGUGCAGGCGAGCCAGUUCUCCAAACAAACUGCUCAGUGGAUCAGUAUGGUGGAGGGUUUCAAUCAGGCCCUAAAGGAAAUUGGGGAUGUGGAGAACUGGGCCCGCAGUAUUGAGAUGGACAUGAGGACCAUCGCCACAGCUCUGGAGUACGUACACAAGGGCCAACCGCAGCCUGCUUCCUAAAAGACUUCAUGGUGGGAAGUUUACGGUUGAACCUAAAGACACUGCUAUAAAACACUCGUAUCAGCAAAGAUGAAAGCAGCAAUGACUUAGCUCGUCCGCAGAGUGUAGUAAUGCUGAUUGUUACUUUGUUCAGAGAAAUGCUGAAAGUUUGAAAUAGGUCUAACAUCUAUUUAGUGGUGGCUUCAAUUAAUCAAUAAGAUUCUGGCAGUCUGUUAUUGAACAAUGUGCUAUGUCAGUAUGGAUUUUUUUUUAAGGCGUCACAUAUAAAACCUAGGUUGUUGACCUGCUUGUCACCAGUUUUAUCAGUUGCUAAAACACAAUUUCUGAAACUAAUUCCCUCUUUUGUCAAAACUAACCAAACAAGAUAUACACAAAAUACAAAAUUGUAUAACCUACAAUUGCAAACACUUCACUCAAAACUAUAUAAACAUGACUUUCCACAUGCCAACUGCGGUAUAAAACAUUAUGAGGCUUAAGGGGCCACAGACAAAUUGCAACCUGCCUUCUUGUCUGUUGUAUCUCCUGUAAGUGUUUAUAGGAAAGCUUCUUUUCAGCACCUGAUGCUUAAAUUGUGUAUCUAUGUUUAUGCAUUAUAUGUCUAUGUAAAGUUAUCCACUGUUCUUGUCAGACAACUUCACUUUAGAUUGUGUUCCCAUUUAACGAUGGAAUUUUUUUAUUAAUAAAGUAAAAAAAAUGCA